AAUUCCUCUCAACCUGCUGACAUGUCUAAAGACAGUCUGCUUGGUGGGCUUCUUGCUGCUGGAUUUGGCGAAAAAUCUUGCUUAAGCAGGUACCAGUCUGCCUUGUAUCGAAAAAUUUCACCUUAUAAGCCUUCUUCCUAUCUUCUUUCCAGAUUGCGGAAGUAUGAAGACCUCCAUAAACAUUGUGGACCCCAUACCAAAUCCUACAGGAAAACCAUAAAACUACUCAAGUCUGGCCACAGUGUUGGCCCAACAGAUUGUAACUAUGUUGUGUGGAUAUCUUACAGUGGCUUAGGGAACAGGAUCCUCACCCUGGCUUCUGCAUUCCUUUAUGCUCUUCUCACAAACCGUGUCCUGCUUGUUGACCGGGGAAAAGACAUGGCUGAUCUAUUCUGUGAGCCAUUUCCUGAAAAAUCAUGGUUACUGCCCCUGGACUUUCCCCUACUGCCUAAAUUCAACAGCAUUAACAAAGAAUCUCCUCAUUGUUUUGGGAAGAUGCUGAAGAAUAAUAUCAUAAAUUCCUCAACAGAACAACCGCCACCAUUUUUAUAUAUCUACCUGAGUCACGAUUAUGGUGAUCAUGAUAAGCUUUUCUUCUGUGAUCAGGAACAAACCCUUCUUGGGAAAGUCCCUUGGUUGAUCAUGAAGACUAAUAACUACUUUGUCCCAUCUCUCUUCUUGAUGCCUUCUUUUGAACAAGAACUAAGCAAAUUAUUCCCAGAAAAGGAAACUACUUUCCAUCACUUGGGUCGGUAUCUUUUCCACCCUUCAAAUCAAGUAUGGGGACUGAUCACAAGGUUCUAUAAAGCUUACUUGGCUGAAUCAAAUGAGAGGAUUGGCAUCCAAAUAAGGACUUUUGACUCUGGAACUGCUCCUUUCCAAUAUGUGAUUGAUCAAAUCAUGGCAUGCACUCUAAAGGAGAAACUGCUGCCUGAAGUCAAUAGACAAGAAACUUUUGUUACCCCAGCUGAAAACCAGAAAUCAAUAGCUGUUCUAAUGACAUCUUUAAAUUCUGGGUACUCUGAGGCUGUGAGGAACAUGUAUUGGGAGCAGUCAGCCAUGAGUGGGGAGGUGGUCAGCGUAUACCAGCCAAGCCAUGAGGAAGUCCAACAGAGUGAGAAGCAGGGGCACAACAGGAAGGCAUGGGCAGAAAUGUAUCUCCUAAGUACGACUGAGGCAUUGAUAACCAGCGCAUGGUCAACCUUUGGCUAUGUGGCUCAGGGUCUUGGAGGUGUGACGCCUUGGAUUCUGUACAAGCCUCAAAAUCGGACAGCUCCUGAUCCACCUUGUGGCAGGGCAAUGUCAAUGGAGCCAUGCUUUCAUGCCCCUCCCUUCUAUGACUGUAAGGCGAAGACAGGAGUCGAUACUGGUGCGCUUGUUCCUCAUGUAAGACACUGUGAAGACAUGAGCUGGGGCCUCAAGCUGGUUGGUAGACAUAGAGAGUUGUAGUUGCAGUCUUUAUGUCGAAAUUCAUCAAUCUCUUAUGGUUUUGGCCGUAGAAUAAAAUCUUUGCCAUUGAAGGUUCUGCAGAAAUACAU